AUGUCCCUCAUCGAGCUUCAGAAUCAUCAUCAACAUGGCGUCCAUGUGAACAUGCCACGUGGUAUCCCUAGUAUAGCCCAGGUCACCACAUCCGACGUUGGCAAACACUACCAGGGCCUGAGGCAGAAUGUACUGCGUAGGUUGGGAGUCGGGGUUGGAGGCGCGUUACAUAAAAACAAAGAUUUCAUUAAAUGCCGGGACAUCUCUGAGAUGGAUGGAUGUCAUGCCAAAGGAUUAAAGCAGGUCGUGAAAAUGAUUCUAACACAAGCCAUCCUCCGUUAUGGCAAUCUCAUUGAGCUGGUUAUUCUUCAACAUGACUUGGUGACCCCGAAAGUGUCCAUCUCGGUCGAGUUUCCAAAACACUGUUCCACCGGCGUGUGCGUAUGCAAUCAAAUGACGUGUGACUUCGAACCCGACAUUAUCCACGUAAAUGGGCGCGAAAUCCUCUAG